UUAAAAUGGAAAAUGUGGAUAUAAAUGUAGUAGAUAAAAAAUUAUUUGAGGGCAAGAUUCUAAGCAGUCAAGCAAAAAUAGGUGAUAUUUCAAAAGUAUAUGAAGAUUUAAUAUUAUUAGAAGAUGGAGUUAAUAGAAACCUAAGGGCAACAAAUAGGAACAUCACACAUUUAGAAAAUAAUUUAAAGGGGAUUGAAGAUGGGGCAAAUGCAGGCUUUGAAGAGGUAGCAAAAAGAAUUGAUAUAGUAGGCGAAGAUGUUAAUAAAUUAGAUGAAAAAGUAGAAAGUAUAAGAACUGAGUUUCAGGACAGGGACAAUUUAGAGUUUGAUGAGUUAAGGAGCAGUGGAGCGGCCAAUCUUUUAAGAGCUAAUAGUCGGCCCGCAGUUAUACCACCACCACCACCACCCAAGCAUAACUCCCAAAGUGCGAGCACUAGUAAUAGUAAUACUAUAACGACAUCAUCCUUAGGGAAGAAAGCAAAUAAUAAUUUAAAUGAAAACAAAAAUAAUCAAAAUAAUGGUCAAGAAUUAAAUGUUUUGAAUGAAAUUGGGACGUCUGGUCCACAACUAAAUGUGUUUACAGGCGAAGUUGCAUCAGCUUUUGAUGAAUGGGCAAUAAGAUUUAGAGAUUAUGUUGAAGUAUUUGGUAGUACUUGGACUGAAAUGGAAAAGUUAAACAGACUUAAGUUAUAUUUAGGAGCGCAAGCAAGACAGAUUUUUGAAAAUUUAUUAGUUACUGAAAGGAACACCCUAGCAAACGCAUUAAUGAAUAUUAGAGCAAAACUUGACAGCCCGCACUUCCGAGAGCUAGCUUACAAAAGAUUAGCAGCGUGUUACCAACGGGAAGGGGAGUCAGUGAGUGAAUUCAUUAAAAGAUUAGUACCACUUGUUAAUACAACUUCAUCGCAUGCACCAAAUGAUACCUGAAUUUCAAAGGUCAUUGCAAUUAGUUGGGCCACUGAUUGGAAGGAAAGAUUUUGAUAAAUUAACAGCAUACGUGCAAGAAUUAGAAGUCGCUAGUGAAAGGGAAGGUCGAGCGGAUAUAGGCAUACAUGCCAUAGCUGAUCAAGCGCAACCCAGUCAAAUUCCCCGUGGACGGUUCACAACCUGGAAGCCAAUAAACCCAAACAAUACCCCAUUAGGACAAAGGGUGAAUUAUAACAAUG